UGCAUUGCCAAAAUCAUAACAAGCUUGUCGUUUUGCAGCCAAAAUGGCGAACCCCAGAAAGUUUAGCGAAAAGAUAGCGUUACACAACCAAAAACAGGCUGAGGAAACGGCUGCCUUUGAGGCAAUUUUAAAGGAAGUAAAUUGUGCUACUAAGCCAACGCCAAAUAUAUAUCCUAAACAGCAUUUACCUAUAGCACAAAAUCUAGGAGCUUAUCGAGGAGGAUCAUUACCUAAUGUCAACCAAAUCGGAUCAAAUCAAGGAAUUGAUUUACAGACGGCACUUCAACAUCUUGAAGACAUGAAAACGGGUCGUCCAAAUUUGACAGACAGAUUUCACCGUGACCGUCAGAGACAGACACCCUGUCAUCGUCGCGGAAUCAACAUCAUGGAUAAAAGAGCUGAAAGUUCGCCGUAUGGCUCCACAUAUCUCUCACCGCCACCGGAUACAAGUUGGCGCAGGAAUUACCCGUAUCUUAACGGUGCCACACUCUCACGGACAAACUCUGAUUCUGCUUUACAUACAAGUGCAAUGGUCUAUCCUAAUCAAGAAUUUGGUCAAACUACACCUCCUACGCAUCGAAGAAUAGCAGAAAUGGUUGAAAAUUCAAUGCCAGACAUGCAGAGAGGUUAUUGGGAUCCUAAAAAGCUUGCACAGUCCAGACCAAAGUCCUGUGAGGUACCAAACAUUAAUAUCUACCCAUCCCAAGAUCAAGAUUCUGGUAUUCAUAUCCCCAUCUCUAACAACACUGGAUCUCUUCCUGAUCUAACAGUUCUUCAUUUUCCUUCACCAAUGGUAACUCCAUUAGAUGUAGACGAACAACAACAACAACAACAACAACAUUAUGGUAAUCAAGGCAACAGUCCAACUAGUUUGUCUCCGACAAGUCCACAGUAUAAUAACAUGAGUGGUCAAAUGACACACACAACCCAACAAAGCCCUGGACCACGGCGACGCCCAGCUCAAGGAGUACCCAGCCCUCUAGUUCUGAACAAUGGAAAUCACAUGUCAAUGCCCCUCUCACCUCCUGCAGGAAGCGUGGAUCCAAGUAAAUUAACACCAGAAGCCCGAAUGCGACAACAGUAUAUGAACAUGUAUCGACAUCGGACCCCUGGGUCCCAAACUACACAUCCCCGACAUCAUACACCAACUCGCAUUUUACACAAUCAUCACAGGUCACAGCAUCCGCAUAAAACAACAACACAACCCACCACUCCACCUAAUGUUCCCAGAGUUCAAAUUACUAGCUGUGAUCAACAAGACCAAUCACAGCCAUCAAUGACUCAAUAUAGAAAUAGUGUAGACGGUGGAUGUCAAUCCCCCACAUCACCUUUAUCUCAGCCAUCUUACUCACCAGCUCAAUCUCCAGGCCUGCCACCAGUCUCCACGGCUAAUAAUUCUCCGUUUGCUGAGGCUUAUUAUAUUCAACAACAACAACAAACAAAUGCUCUACAACAUCAGUUUGAACACUUCAAUAUGGUAAGAAUAGAUUCACAUGAUAUUCCUAAUUCUACAAUGGUUUCAUCUCCCACAUCGUCAUUAGCUAAUAAUAGUAUGGCUAUAAACACUUCCUUGGCUUAUACGCAAGCCUGUUCACAAGCUCUCAUAGGCAGCAGUUCCGAUUUUCAUCAGAGAUACUUCCAACAGCUUGAGUCCAGCAUGUGCCCUUCAACAUUUCUGACCACUUCUUCUCAUUCACCUCACAGUCAGUCCCUAUCAAGCAUCUCACAGCAUCUCUCUCAAAGUAAUCAAAUACCAGACAUAGUGCUCACUGGUGCUGACGAUAUUCUUGGUCGGCCAAAUCAUGAUUUUGCCAAAGAUCUUGGAAACGCAAUCAUUGGAAUGACAGAUGGUUUUGAUACAGACUUUUUCUCAACUGAUGAAGCUUUCAAAGCUGGGUUGGAUCCGUUGGAUCUUGAUGGAUUACAGAUGCUGACUGAUCCAAGUAUGGUGACUGACCCAGCGACUGAGGACACUUUUAAAUUGGAUCGUUUAUAGACUUGCUAUAAUAUGAAUGGUCUAUCUUUAUCAACGGAGGAAUAAUAUCUACCCAUCUAGCAGCUAGUAAUGAUCAUUUAAUGAUUUGAGAGAGUUAAAACUAGAAAGCUGUAAAUUGACCCAGUCAGAUGUAUUUUAUCACAUCUUUUUCUCAUGGAAUUCAGGUUUAUGUGCUUAAAAACAGAGAUUGAAAAAAGAUAAAUUUGCUGAACCAGACUCAUUUCAAUUGGAUUCCUUUUGGUGUUGAUCUGUUUGAUUUAACAGAAGUCAUUAUUUAGACUAUUGAAUGAAAGUGUGAAAUUAACACGGAAUGUUCGCUCAUAUUUCAGCAUUUUUCAUGUCCUUCAGCUGACUGAUCCUAGAUCAGGCUUUAGUGCUAUAAUAUAGACCACAGCAUCGUAUUGUCAAUUUGUUUAUAGAACGUUAUCCUUUGACAUUCCAUAACAUUGAUUUCAUCAUAUGGCCAUCUGGUUGGAUGGUUUUGGUUACCAUGGUGAUAAGGGGAGAGAACCUCAUAUACAGAGGCGUAAAGACUUAUUUUUACAAUCACUUUACAAUGUAAAUUGUUCUAUGGAGAUUUCAUAAUAUCUUGAUAUCUCUAAUAUACCGGUAGUCAUAUUAGAUGUCACUUUUCACACAAUCAAUGGUCAUUUCCAUUUCAUUGGUAUCUUUUUUUUUUUAAAAAGAAUUCAAGUCUUAAUAGUUAAAACAUGAAGAAUAAUUAGUUGACGCUAUCAAUGUGUACAAUGUACAUGUUCGUUAUCCAUCGUUAUAUGAAGACUUGGAAAUUUACUGGUUACAGAAUGGAUGUCUGUAUGUGUUGUUAUGUUGUCAUAAUGUGUUUGUUGUUACCAAAUUGUAUGAAAGAUACAAGUGCAUAUAUUAGAUUAUAUAUAUAUAAUUAUUAAUAUGAAAGAGAGUCUAGUUUAUUGUUAUUUCAUUCAUUUUAUUUUUAUGAUAUUUAACAUUUAACCCGGUUAAAGAAAUAAAACGAUAUUAACGCACAAAUUAUAUUUGCCUUUUUCCCAAAAUUAAAAGUACUGGUUCUUUUUGAUAGCCAUGAUCACCAUAUUUUCUUUUUUGUCUUCUGCACUAAUAGUAUUUUAAGAGACUUAUUCCAUUUCAUCAUUAGAUUAAAGGAAUCUCUUUUUUUUUCUUUUUAUUGUCAUGGACAGUAAUAUAUGUCAAUUGGCAUAAUUAGUUCCUUUUAAAUUAAUCAAAUAAAUAACCGAGCAGAGACAAAGGUAUCCUGAGCAAUACAAAUUUAGUUUUUAUACGCCCACAUUGAAAUGUGGUCGUAUAUUGUCGUCGCCCCCGUCCGUCCGUCUGUCCGUCCGCCCGGCGUCCACAAGAGACAAAGGUAUCCUGAGCAAUACAAAUUUAGUUUUUAUACGCCCACAUUGAAAUGUGGUCGUAUAUUGUCGUCGCCCCCGUCCGUCCGUCCGUCUGUCCGUCCGCCCAGCGUCCACAAUUGCUUGUGGACGCUCUAGAGGCUAAAGUUAAUAUCUGAUUGACUUUAAAUUUAUACACAGUGUUUAAGGUCUUGAGAUGAAGAAGCCUAUCGAUUUGCAGCGAUUUCCGAGUCAUGGCUCUUGAAAAAUCUAGUGGAUGCUCUAGAAGUUAAAGUUAAUAUCCGAUUGACUUUAAAUUUAUACGCACUGUUUAAGGUCAUGAGACUUUGAAAAAUCUUGUGGAUGCUCUAGAGGCCAAAGUUAAUAUCCGAUUGACUUUCAAUUUAUACACAGCGUUUAAGGUCAUGAGACGAAGAAGCCUAUUGAUUUUCAGCGGUUUCAGAUAAUUACUGCCAGAGUUAUGGCCCUUGAUCACUUCAAAGAAUCUUGUGGAUGCUCUAGAGGCUAAAAUUAAUAUCCGAUUGAGUUUAAAUUUAUACACAGUGUUUGAGGUCAUGAGACGAAGAUUCCUAUUGAUUUUCAAUGAUUUCCGAUAAUUACUGCCAAAGUUAUGGCCCUUGAUCACUUUGCAAAAUCUUGUGAUGCGCUAAAGGCUAAAGUUAUAAUCCGAUUGAUACACAGAGUUUAAGAUCUUGAGACGAACAAGUAUAUUGAUUUUCAAUGAAUUUUUAUGACUUAAACAGUUAAAUCCAUGAUAUUAAAAGCUUUGCAUACAAAACGUUAGCAUGGGCCAGAACUUUAUAAAAACCAAACAAGUUCUAAUAGUUUUCUGAUAAUUACUUCGUGAGUUGUUGCUCUUAAUCAGAUUUUAGUGUAUUAUAAAUGUUUCAUUACCGAAAAAAGUAAAAAUAUGAGACAACCCUUGUUGACUGCCCGGACGAUUUAGAUGCUGUGGGCGUAUGUUUCAUUGCCUGGCAACCUAUCUUUAAAUCAGGUAAAAUUGCGAAGAAAAAUGAUACAUUGAGUGCAUGAUUGAACCAUGAUUAUUAUAUAUUGGUUUUAGGUUCAUGAAUAUAUAUAUAUAUAUAUAUACCGGUACUUACACUUAUGAUGCUAGUGUGUAAGAAUUCUACAUAUCAUGAUAUAUUCUGGACAAAUGUAAUAACUCGAUGAUGUCUUGGCUUGAGGUCUGUACCGUAGAUUAAUAUUUAAAAGGAUUAUAAUAUAAGGUGAGGUGUGUUGUUUAAAUGUGCGAUAUAUGUAUAUAUGCGUAGUAUGUAUGGUGGAGAAUAAUAAUCUUCACAAGUCAGCUGAUCAAUGCCUGCCUAAUAGUUUACAUUAUUAUUCUACAGUUAUAUUGUUACGUGAUCUUUUGAAAGCUGCUGAUUACCAUAUAAGGAAUUUUUAUCCCUUGCAAACUACAAUAUUAUGAGUGUAGAAUCUUUGAAAGACGCAUCAGUCACCAAAUGGUUCAGUUCCUUUCAGUAUUUACAAAAAUAUGAUGAAUUGAAAAUUUCACAAAACCCGAAAACCUCUGCAUGAAAUAUUUUUUAUUCUACAUUACCUGUAAGUGGUAAAAUCUUUUAAUGGGCUCUAUUUUAAUCCAAUUGAAUCCAUGCCGAAAGAUUGUCUACCAUUGAUAUUUUUGUAUUGUUUUUGUAAACAAUUUAAUGAUCAAUCUGAGUACAUAUCAGUGUGGAGUAAACCAUGAAAUAUUAGAUAUUGUCUGAAAAAUUGUAAAUGAUGAUCAGUAGCUUGAAUAUUGAUAGUUUUGUUAUUAAUAAUGAUAUAAUAGAUGUAACUACUACAUUAUCAGUAUUUCAUACACAAAUCAAAAUAUCAGAGCUAAUUUUAAUGGCAUUUAUGGUAUUUCAUACACAAAUCAAAAUAUCAGAGCUAAUUUUAAUGGCAUUUAUGGUGACUGUGGGUUAACAAGUCGUGGAAUAAUAUUGUAAUCUGUUUGUAUGGAAUUGAUAAAAAUUACCUGGUGAUUUACUUGUAACUGUUAUGACUGUGCUUUACAUAUUUAUUUAUUAUGAUAGUCAUGGUGAAACAGCUAUCGUUGUAUUGGUGUGAAAGUUUGUAUAGUAUUGAAGUUUAAUCUGGACAUUUCAGUGGACAUUCUUUUAAAUUUUUCUAAGAGACCUUUUAAUGCAGAAAGGUUAAUGAUUGGUUUGAAACGCUUAUCUAUUAUAACUUUAAAAAACGGAACUGUGUGGAUUUACAAUAACCUGUAUUCCAAUUUAUUAUUUUGAAAUUUGACUGUUAAAACUUGACGGUAAAUUUAUACAAAAUGACAUGAAAUGUCAUGUCAGCACCAUCACCCUGAUGCAUUUAUUGGUCUCUGUAUCAUGUCAGAGAGUUGUAGGUAAAUGAUCAGUCAUUUGAGCUUGGAUGUUACAGACAUUGACUUGCUGUCAUGACUUAAAAUAAUAUUAAUGUUUGUAAAAAAAAUAGAAUAUUUAUUUAAUAUAUUGAUGAAAAUUUUUAACUAAAAUAAUAUAUCACCAUAUUGUUUUCCUAUCUGAGUGUCUAAUUCUUAAAUCAAUCUUCUUCAUAUUCUACUAUAACGGUAUGUGAAUGAUUAUUGGCAUGUAAAUAAGAUGUAGUGAGUUUCACUACCCCAUUGACCACUUAAAUAGGCAUAUGCAAGAGCUAAAUCUGCCUAUUGCAGGUCUUUCUUUAGGCCUGAAAUGUUAUAUAAAUCAUUAAUUAAUUAUCAUGACGAUAAUCAACUCUUUAUGCCAUCGGAUGGCUGCGAUACAACUAGAUUUAAAUAUGUUUUGUGGUCGAUGUGGUUAUCGUAAAAAUUGAUAAUCAAGACUUUGUUUAUUGUCGUAACAACGGUAGUUAUGACAAUCGAGGCUAGACGAUAAUUGUAUCGCCAAUAUCUGGGCUCAGAGUGAAGUAAUUUUACUGAAAUUUUCAGCAUAUUCUUUUUUCAUUACCAUUUUUUUUUUAACUAUUAUAGCGAGAACUGUCAGCUCUUUAUCUAAUCUUAUCUAAUGCUGCUUUAAGUAAUAAGAGAGAAUGCAUAUCAAUUGUAAAGUUUUUUAUUUCUAACUCCAGGCUAAGGUGCUGUUUGAACGUUGGUAGAUUCAUUACUAGAUGACAUUAGUACUCUGCCAAUAGAUGUAGGAUAGGUUGUUAUAUGGAAGUUUUCAUAGUACAAUGCAGUAAUGCAAUUUAUAUGGAUGAAGCCAUAUUUCUGUUUUAAGCAUAUUGGGUGUAAGGUUUGAGACAAGCUCUCCUAGAUCUUUGUCUACUGAACAGCUUGCCAAUUGGAAUUUGAUUUUAUUAAUAAAAAUAGACUUACUACCUGUGCAUGGAACAGGAAAUGAUUAGUAUGUUCAUUAUUACAGAUAAAAUUUUCAUUUUACAGUUAAUUAGUAUUAAACAACUUAUUAUAACCUGGAUAUAUUCAUACAUGUAUUUCAAAACAUUUCCACAAUCUUAGUCAUAUUUAUUAAAAGAUGAUAAUAUAUAACAUGUAGGAAUAUAUAUUUAAUAUAUUGUAUAAAGACUGUGCCAAAGUUAAGCCUAAGUCUGUUAUGAAUGGUUUGGUAAAUGAGAUGUAUUUAUUUAUGUUGUUAAGAAUUUUAACUGCGCUGUUUUGUUGGUUUUUUUAUUGUAAAGUUUUAAGCCCAUUGUUCCUAAAGGUGCUAUUGUAGUCGGUAGCCUAUAUAUAUAUAUAUAGAUAUAUAUGUGUCAUUCUUUUUUCUCCUUUCAAAUCUCCCUUUCUUCUUCUUAUCAAAUGUUAUCCCAAAUAGAUGUAGUUGAUUGCUAAGAACUCUUCAGACUUUUAUCAAAUGAUGCUGAAGUGGACCAGCUUUGCUUAUGAUGACAAUAGAAAAUAAAAGGAAUCUUUGAAUAAAAUGUUAUGUCUAGACUACUCUUGAUUCUGAAAUUUUAUUGUUGUGAUUCUGUGUUUAUGAAUACAACAUGUUGUUUGUUGAACAUAGAAUCAAAUUUUUUAGCCUGUUUUUAUUAUUUUUAUGGACAUGUAAAUUAUUUAUUAAUUUCAGGUUUAAUUAUGGAAAAGUAAAAUGUGUCACAAGCAGAUUUUUAUUGUCCAAUGCUUUUCAUAAUCAUUGCUACAUAGAUCUAUAAAUCUUGGACUUUAAAACUGACACACUUUCUCAUACCAUUAGAUCUAGGGGAAAUUAAGUGCAAUGUAAACAAGAUAUUAUACAUUGAUAUGAUAAUAAUAGAACAAAAAUAUAU